GGGCGGCGGCGGCGGCGACAGCGGCGGCGGCGGCGGGAUCCGGGCCGGGCCGUCAUCGGGGGGAGGCCGGCGGGCAGGGCCGCGGGCAGGACCCUGCGGGCAGCGCACCGUCUGGGGAGGCGACGUGAAGGCAGGUGCGGAAGGUGCCUCCCUGCGGUGACGGGGCGAGAGGAGGCGGUCGGAGCGGUGCCCGCGGGAGCCGCGGUUGCGAGAACAGCAGGUGGCUGGCAGGUCGCCGGGGAAGACGAGGCUCUGAGGGAGACAGCGCCCCAAGGACGGAGCCAGGUGUCUUCUGGAGGGGGAAUCCCUCGCUGCUCCCCAGCCAUAGCGUUCUGCUUCUUUUAACGGGAACUUCCUGGAUUGACGUCGCAGUUCACUAGCAACUGGGUAGUGGCAUGUAAGACAAUAGAAGUAAAGCUGGAAACCAAGUCAUUUUUUUCAAGGCCUGGGUCACAAAUGUGUAUUACCUUCAGGAGAUGGCCUCUUCUAAGUCUUUGAUGAACCUUCUAACCUUCACUUUUGGAUCAGCAAUAGGAUUUUUUGUAUGCUAUCUUCUGUUCAGCAUUAUACUAGAAGAACAGGUUAAGAUCCAGCCUCAUAUCCUUCACAAUGAUCCGCAUGGUCAACACUCAGCAGAUAUCGAUAACAAUCAGCUGCAAGGACAAAUGAAUUUCAAUGCAGACUCUGGACAGCAUAAAGAUGAGAAUAAAAAUAUUGCAGAGGGACUGUAUCAGAAGGUGAGAAUACUCUGUUGGGUUAUGACGGGACCUCAAAAUCUAGAAAAGAAAGCCAAGCAUGUUAAGGCCACUUGGGCCCAGCGUUGUAAUAAAAUACUUUUUAUGAGCUCUGAGGAGAACAAAGACUUCCCAACUGUGGGCCUAGAAACCAAAGAAGGCAGGGACCAACUGUACUGGAAGACUAUUAAAGCUUUUCAAUAUGUAUAUGACAAUUAUUUUGAUGAUGCUGAUUGGUUUAUGAAAGCAGAUGAUGACACAUAUGUUGUCUUGGACAAUUUGAGAUGGCUUCUUUCAAAAUACAGUCCUGAACAACCAAUAUACUUUGGAAGAAGGUUUAAGCCUUAUGUAAAACAGGGCUACAUGAGCGGAGGAGCGGGAUAUGUUCUAAGCAAAGAAGCUCUGAAGAGAUUUGUUAAUGCAUUUAAAACAAACAAAUGCUCUCACAGUUCCUCUAUUGAAGACCUAGCACUGGGAAAAUGCAUGGAGAUCGUUAAUGUGGAAGCAGGAGAUUCUAGAGAUACAAAUGGUAGAGAAACCUUUCAUCCAUUUGUUCCAGAACAUCACUUAGUCAGAGGAUACCUACCAAAAACAUUCUGGUACUGGAAUUAUAAUUAUUAUCCUGCUGUAGAGGGUCCCGGAUGCUGCUCUGAUCUAGCAGUUUCAUUCCACUAUGUUGACUCCAUUACUAUGUAUCAUUUGGAAUAUUUGAUUUAUCAUCUCCGUCCAUAUGGAUAUUUGUAUCGAUACAAUCCUGAUUUGGCAAAGAAUCCAGAAGAGCAGAGCAAAAAUGAAGCACUGGAGGAUAAUCAAAAGCUAGAGCAAAAAAUAUCUGAGAAUUAACUGGACUUUGAAGAAAACAAAAAGAAGCCAGUACAAUGAAUAAGAGUCUCCUCAAACUCCUGCAUGAAGCUUGUGGACUAAAAUUACUCAUGGUGAUUCCUGUUUCAGAAAUCAGGUUGGCAGUACUUCACUGUCCAUAUACAGCAGAGGCCAGUGCUGGCUCUGACUGUUUGGGAUGGUGGGACCUUGCAGCCCUGCUCAUGAAGGUUUAGGGCCCUAAAGCUGUGAAAUAGGAGGUUGUUCUGUUACUCUAAUAUCUGAAAGAAUUUGUAUGAAAAACAUAGUGGACAAGUUCAAAGAUAAUCAAUCAAAGUUUACAAUGCAAAUAGCUUUCUAAUAUUAGAAUAUUAGAAAUCAGAAAUUGGAUGCUGCACGGUUAAAUACUUCGUGAUGGCUUUCUCUAGUAUUCGUGAUAUCUUGAAGUUACUUUCUGUACAUUGCCCUGUAAGAAAGGGAGUGACAUGAAAAUAGAGUUUCAAGUCUGCUUUGCCUUAAUGACAGACUGGUUAUUAUGGAUAGUCAGAGAUCCACCCAAAAGAUUAAUCUGAAUUGUUUAAGAAAUUGCAUUCACUGCUAUGAAUUAUUUUUAGAAUUUUUAAGCCUCUGUUGAACAAACCAAUAUGAAUUUGGAUCACUACUAUUUUAGGGAGAAACCCAGAAAUAGUCACUGUUGUUUAAAUUGCUGGGGUGAUGCAAGCUGCUUAUGUGUUUGCCUGUGGCUUUUUUUUUAUUAACUUAUCUGUUUGGUUGAAUGGGUAUAAAAUUCAUCUCAGAAUUUCUCAGCAUAAGAUAAGGUAGAUGCAUUUUGAAAUAGAAGGUGUGAUGGAGAAGAAAUUUCUAUGUAAAACAGAAAGAACGGUAUCGUAGCAGAGUUACAAUGGCAUUACACUUUUAGCCCAUAUUAUGCUUGUUUCCAUUUGCUUUUCCCAUCACUAUACUUUGAGAUUGUGGAGUUACCUUAUUCGUUAAAAUUUUACAGAUACAAACAAGUCCUGUUUUAAAGUUGCAGCAAAGCCAAUUCGACUGCUUCCUUAAACAUCUAGUUUAUUUGGCUGAAGUACUUAAUUUCUGAACAUUUCGUUUUUUCUUGCACUUUUAAAAAUUUCCUCUGUAUCUGCUUCUUGUUACCUUUUUCAGAACAAAGUGUUGAAUGAUCCUUAUUUGACUCUUUGAAGCUGCAGUAUAUAGUUAUUCACCUAAGCCAGCCUGAAUACAGGAAUUUUUCAAAGUGCAUUAAUUUUCUCCACUACUUUGAGUAUCUCUGCCUUUUAACUGGAAACACUUUCUUGGUGUGGGACAAAAUAGGUAUUCUAAUUAAUUAAAUUCUAAUUAAAUUUUCAGAGGCCAAGCCUAUGUUUUAUAUAGUUAACUUAAAACUUUCUGUUGUUUUCAAAUUGAGUGAAUAGCGAUAUGGGGCGUGGGAUCAAGCUUGACAUGCUGUGUAUCUUUAUUCCACACUUGAAUAGAAAUUUCUUCAUCUUUUUAUUACUUUUCACCUUCAUCAUAUUGAUGAAUUUGGACAUAACCUAAUUACCUCCAGUCAUUGUUUUGGAAAGGGCACAUACUGGUAGCAGACAGCCUUAUUUACUACUGCUGUCCUUCAGGAUGUUCCUAGGAGAGGAUAUUACCAUGUAGUACUGGAAGUUGGUUUUUUUUUCCAAAGAUAAUUCUUGUACAGAUUGGAGUUCUAUCUGUUGUCCAACAGUAGAGAGUCAUGACUUCCUUUCUGACCAUUGCUCUGCAGCAUGAUGGCAAUUACUGAAAUAUCUUGUGGUGUUGAAAUAUUACAUAUAUUUUGUCUGCCUCAGUAUAGGCCAGGUUCGUAUAUCGGGUAUUAGUUAAACACAUGGUUCCUGCAGGGUUAAAUCUGUUGGUCUUUUAUGAGCAAGACUGCCCCUGAAGUACUGAAAGAGAUAUGAGCUUUAUUUAAUGUUAAUUAACUUAAGCAGAAAAUCAUAGCUGCAUUUGUUUACUAAAGGAAAAAGUCUCCAGUUUACUCCAGUCAGAGGGAUGCUUGUCCAGAGGAGAACAGAUGGUACCACACUGGGAGGUGCUUCCUUCCGUGAGCUAAAUGUUUAUGCCACGUGGAGCACAAACCAGUAAAAAUGUGAAAUCCUUAUGGUUUUGUUAACUCCAGUGGCAUUGUUCAAACAUGCAAUUAAAAUUUUUUUGAAUACUUAAAGAAGUUAUAAAAUGAAAUCGAGAUCCCAAAUGAAUCUCUUUCUAGAUUCAGCCCAUGUAGAAGAUCUACCAAACUUGUACUGUUCCUUUAUUACUGCUUUCUUCCUCAGUUCAUCCGUGGGGAUUUAAAGUUUUUCUGCCACUACAGGCAGAGCUAAUCUUGCAUAGUUUCUGCAGAUUUGUGCCCUGUAUUUGCCCUGUGAAGUAACAUCUUUUCGUCUUCGUAUUCCUUCCUAUCCUGACUAUACUGUCUUUGGGGUUUGGUUUCACCGCGUGUAAGUCUCAGGUGGACAAGAGGAGUGGCAGUGAGAUGUUUGAGCUCCGCACAAGUUGGUUGCUGAGGUUGCAAGUUAAACCAGCCACCACUGAGCUCACGGUGAAGCCUUUUCUCAGCAGCAGUUUUGAUCAUGUCUGCUGCCCAACGGCGGGGGCUUGUGCAUUUAGCAGUGUGGGGCAGGAACCUCCCUUUCCACUAAACAUGCAGGACCUCAGAGCAAAUGGAGAAGUAAAGGAACAAGUUCCAUUUCUUGAGGGAAUAAGGCUAAGAACAUACUACCUUGUGAUAAAUAGGUGGCCUAUCUGGAGAAAUGAGAGUAGCGUUUUCUUCCAGCAUCCAUUCUUGCUUUGUUUUAAAGUGUCCUUGCACUUAGGCCUCUAAAUCUAUUUCUUUUGCCUCUCUAACAGCACUGCAAAGAAUUUUUUUUCCUUCCAGACAAGCAAGAAAAGUAUCAUAUUUUACAUUCUGUGAUUAUAACCGGAGACUGUUGUUCUUUGUUAAAUACUAUUGCCAUAACAAUGAGCCAGUACCUCUGAAAUAAUUGCUUUGUAUCUCACUGCCUUCAAAAGCUUCAGUAAACAGGUUGGAAUGUGAACAGUUAUAAUUUUCAUGUAUAACAUUACACUACAGCUAGUAGUUUGUUGUUUCACUCUCGGGUCUUUGUGCUUUGAGAAAGUGUUUACUGAACUUGAGUAUUUCUGCAGCCCAAGGAGGCCACUGUAUUCCAGGUGGGUAGGCCUUUCUGAAGCACAGCAACGCAGGCUCUCUAUGCUGUACGGAUUAUUGCUCUAUGGUUUGGUUUUGUUUCUAAAAGGUUUCUUAAUUUUAUAAAAACUAAAAGCUUCCAUUAGGCAUCAUAGUGAUUCAAAUGACCUAUCUAAAAAUUUUGAACUAAUUUUCUUAAAAUUACUAGGCAGCAAUUGUUUGCACUUGGAUGUAGGAAUGUCACUUACUGCAACAGAGUAACAUUUUAACCUUGUAUUAGGUGGUUUUUAGUUCAGAAAGAAUAGGAAUGCCGAGAAGUUACCCUCUAAUCACUGUCUUUAAUCAGAUGAUAGUAAUUAAUCUUUGCAGAAGCAGACCAAUUUUAACAUUCCUUCACUCCCAGUUCAGUUUUGUAGUCUAUAUUGUUCUUAUUUAAAAGGUUAAAGGCAGGUGAUGUUAGCACCAUCUCUCAUUUUGCAGAAGAUCUUUUCCUAGUACCUCUUAGCUUUAAGGACACUUUGUUUUGCUUUACUGGCAGUAUAUGUUAAAAAUGACUUUUUCCUCACAUAUUGCCAUUUGUUCUGUUAGGCAUCCAGAAGUGUAAGUUUUAGUGAGUAGCUGAUAGACCUCUUAUAAACAGUAUGCUACCUGAGCAGGGUGUUUUGUAUUAGUACAACAGAAAAGUGUGGGUUAUUUCUCUGAUGUACCUGCUACUGAUGUAGAUAGUGCACGCACAGGUGAAAAUAGAUCUCUCAAUACAGGACCACUUGGAAAGGCGAUUUUGUCCUUUUUCUGUCAAGAAAAGCUUCUGUGGAACUCCAAAAGUGUAAUUUGCUUUCUUUUACCAUAUUGUAUUUAAAAUACUCCACAAAUGUUAAUGCUCCAAAAGAAAUGAAUAUUGCUGCUGGACAGUAUGCUCUACUUAAAACCUGUGAAUGUUUCACUUUGCAAUUAUAGGUAGUUGUGUCUCUGAUGGUAGAUACAAGUUGGUGACUUGUCUGGAAUGAUCACCAUAAGGAUUUGUUUCAUAAAUACCUUAUUUGAAGUGCCUUUGAUCAACUUUUAGCAUCAAACUUAAGUUGAGAAUUGAAUAAAUAAAAUAAGUUAUCUCAUA